CCGCUGGUAUACAUAACCUCCGUCUUCUUAUGAAGGGGCUCUCUCGUAGCUUCUUUGGUCUCUGGAGGGAAGACGGAAAGGAGAGGCCGCCAUGGACGGGGCCAACGGCGAGGAGUUCGCGGUGGGGUGCAUCCUCGCUAUCGAGACGACGCUCGGAGACGAGUUCGAAGGCCAGAUCAUCACCUACGACCGCCCUUCCAACAUCCUCGUCCUUCAGGAGGGCGCCACCAAAGCCGGGACUGGGCGGAACCUUCGGCUCUUGAAGGCCAACUACAUCAAGGACUUCACCCUCUUGGGGAGGGGCGAGGACCCUCUUGACCUCAAGAAGUGCUACGUCGAUCUCCCCAGCAUCCAGGCGAGGGAAGAGGCUGCGCUGAGACAAGCAGAGGUUGAAGCUGAGCGGAUUGGCAUUGGGGUCACCUCUGAGGCUCAGAGUAUUUAUGAUGCAUUGUCCAAGACGCUUCCAGUUUAUUGGGAUAAGACUGUCAUAGUGGUUAUGAAGGAAGUUCGUGUAUGCAGUCCAUAUCUACCUGAAAAUGUUAGCGGGGGGACACCAGCUGCCAAUGAACGGGUCAAGAAAGUGCUUGAGCUUGAAAGGAAAAGGUUGCAAGUUCGUUCACCUGGCCAGUUUUGAUCCUCUCUCUUGGCAUGUAGCUUGUGGACAUGAUUGUUGGCUGGCUUGGAGCUUCGAAUUAACAUAACACAGGGUGAUAUAUGUGAUUCUCAGUGCUCAUAGCCUUCGGUUUAUAUUCAACUUUUGUGCUAGAAGAAAUCUAACUAGCUAUACUAUUGGUGGUUAGAAAACCUCUGUUCUCUAUAUAUGCUCGAUGAAUCAAUGGAAAAGAUUCGUUUCUUCUCCCUGGUGGGGUGGCUGCGACGAUGCGUUUUGGAAUGCUUUCUCAACGUUCCCUGUCUAACAGAAAGGAAGAAGGCAAGGGAAAGACGACGAGAAAUACGUGAUGUUUAUGAAGUGUGGAACAAUAAACAUCUUUUAAUACUUGAUCAUAAAUAUUUUGCAAGAAUGUGUUGAACCCUACUUUCCCUUGCGAGAUUUGCAUGUCCUAGUAUUGUGUCAAAUUUGGUACAAAUAGCUAAUGCUGAUGGCAGAGAGCUAAGUGGACUUGGGUGCAA